GAUACUUAAAGUUGUCAAGAAAUAGACUGUCUAGCAAAGUGCCGAACUGCAUGGGGAACAUUUCUUCAUUGAGAUAUCUUUAUUUAAACUCCAACAAUCUAACAUCUAGCAUACCGACAAGCUUAUGGAGCCUUAAUGAUCUGUUGGUACUGGAUUUGUCCAUGAAUUAUCUCAAUGGUUCUUUGUCCUCCCAAAUUGGAAAUAUGAAGGCACUGAUCAAUCUGAAUCUAUCAGUUAACCAGUUCUCCGGUGAUAUUCCCAGCACAAUUGGGACGCUACAGAAUUUACAGGAACUCUCCUUAGAGCAUAAUAAACUGCAAGGGUUAAUUCCAGACUCCAUGAAGAAAAUGUUGACUUUGCAGUAUUUGGAUCUGUCAUUCAACAAUUUAGCUGGUAUGAUACCUAACUCACUGGAGGUACUCUUGGAUCUUCAGUAUUUGAAUGUUUCCUACAACAAACUACAAGGACCAAUUCCUCGAGGAGGACCUUUUAAGAACUUCACAAUCCUAUCUUUUCUUGCUAAUGAAGCAUUAUGUGGUGCUCCUUGGUUCCAACCUUGUCAAAAUUUUUAUCAUAGAUCAAAGAAAAAGAUACUCUUGCUUGUGUUGCUGCCAAUAGGAUCUGCUGUCCUAGCCUUUGCCAUUUCACUUUUGUUGAUGAAGAGGUUUACAAGAAAGAAAACUAUGGCUGCAGCUCCUGAUUUGUUUCCAAAAACAACAUAUCAAAGGGUAUCCUACCAUGAACUUCGACAAAUAACAAAUGGUUUCAGUGUGAGUAACUUGCUUGGAUCUGGGACGUUUGGUUCAGUUUACAAAGGGGCAUCUGCAAAUGGGAUAAUUUGGGCUAUAAAGGUUUUUAAUAUGAAGCUCGAUGACAUACUGAAAACUUUUGACACAGAGUGUGAAGUCUUGUGCCGCCUCCGUCAUAGAAAUUUGAUCAAAGUCAUUAGCGCUUGCUCUAAUCCGGACUUUAAAGCUUUGGUACUAGAAUUCAUGCCUAAUGGAAGUCUGGAUAAAUGGCUUCAUCUUGACCACCAUGUCCUGAGUAUCAUGCAAAGAUUGGACAUCAUGAUUGAUGUGGCUCGUGGGUUGGAAUAUCUUCAUUAUGGGUAUUCAUUUCCCAUAAUUCAUUGUGAUUUGAAGCCUAGUAACAUUUUACUAGAUGGAGCUAUGGUAGGUCAUGUUAGUGACUUUGGAAUUGCUAAAUUCCUAGGAGAUGGAGAAAGCCAUCUACAAACAAAAACCCUGGCAACAAUUGGGUACAUCGCUCCAGAGUAUGGACUAGAAGGACUAGUGUCAACAAGGUGUGAUGUGUACAGUUUUGGCAUUACCAUGAUUGAAGCAUUCACUGGAAAGCGACCUAAGGAUGAGAUGUUCACAGAAGAGCUUAGCAUAAGGUGUUGGAUUCUGGAAUCAUUACCAAGUUCUGUAGAUCAAGUUGUCGAUGUGAAAUUACUUCAUCCAGAAGAAGAACAAACCAACAUGGACAUGGCUUGUGUAUCAUCUAUCUUGCAGCUUGCUUUAAGUUGCAGUUCAGAUGUCCCAGAGAACAGGAUCAACAUAAAAGAUGCUCUCACAACACUCGAAAAUAUCAAAACUCAAUUUUUACAAAGAAAUUAGAAGGGCUAAAGCAUUGAAGAAUUAUGA